UUCCGUCAGUCUCCCAUUAGCUGCUGUUCUCACAUUCACCUCCCUGGGUUGGGUUUCUGAAGACAAUUGUUUCAUGCUGCUAAGUAGAAAGCACUGAGAGGAAACCUAACUUCAGAAAAAGUGAUACUUUUAAGUUAACUAUUAACCAGAUUCGAACAAGCUGGAGCACAUUUCAAGUGAGGGUGUCUUGUUGGGCUGUUGAACGAGAAGGAGCUGCAGAGUGAGGAGUAGGCAUGGGGAUUCUCUAUUCAGAGCCCAUCUGUCAGGCAGCUUAUAGCAACGAUUUCAAUAAAGUUCAUCUCCUUUUGGAGCGCAACAGCGACUCUCUGAAUGUCCAGGACAGCUUCAGUGGAGACACCCCCUUAAUUUGUGCAUGUAGACAAGGAAACAACAGGAUAGUUAACUAUCUUCUUAGAAAACAUGCUGAUGUCAACCUCAGAAAUAAGAAGGACCGCACUUGCCUGCACUAUGCUGUGAGAAAACGAUUUACCUUCCUUGACUAUGUGCUCAUCAUAAUCCUCAUGCCAGUUAUGCUUAUUGGUUACCUUCUCAUGGUCUCAAAGACAAAAGAGAAUGAGCACCUGGUCAAGAUGCUGCUGAGAGCUGGAGUCGAGGUGAAUGCUACAGACUCUUCUGGCAGCACAGCCCUUCACUAUGCUUGUGAAAUGAAAAACCAGGCAGUCAUUCCUCUACUUCUUGAAGCUCAGGCAGAUACUUCUAUAAAGAACCAGGAUGGGGAGACGCCUUUAGAUAUAGCAAGAAGAUUACAGUUCCACAACAUUGCAAGCAUGAUAAGAAAAGAUUCUUAGCCAUCAAGGACUCUCAAACAUGCAGAAAAUUACCUCAUCUGACAAUCCACCUUUCACAACAGCAGAAGUCCUGCAGAGGAUGAGGGUGAUACUUGAAAAAACUUGGCGUACAUCCACCAUUCCUUGCUGCAGACUUGGACAAUUUUGUGUGAGAUUUGUCAGUACCCCAAGGCCAUGAGCAGGCUGAAAGAAGUUAAUUUUAUUUUACUAAGCCAUGAAUUACUACAGUAGAGUUCAAAAUAUUGCCCGUCCCAUCUGCUUCAUCAAUUUUAUUACUUGACUUCUGCAGACUGUGGAUUUUGAAAGCUAGCUGUAAAAUAUCUGGAAGCCUAAACAUUGCAUAUGAUGGUUGGCACCCAAUGCAAAAAUAAAAUAAAAUAUCCUUUA